AUGGAUACAUACAACGACAUAUUAAGUAUUGUUAUCGAUUUAGGAUUUGAAAAUACAAAAGUUGGUUAUGCGGGAGAUGAGAAUCCUACGAAUGUGUUUAGUUCAAAUGUUGGCAUGCCCCUAGAUUUAGAUAGAAAAAUAAAAGAGGAAGUGUAUAAAAAGUGUUUAUGUACAAAAGACGAAUUUUAUCAACAUAAUUUAAUUUAUCCUUUAUUUUAUCUAGAAGGUUUAGAAAACACUUGUAUAAAACCUUGUUUAUAUCUUGAUAAUAAGAAUAAUUUUAAUAUUAAUGAAGAUGUAUUUGAAAAAAUUUUUUGCAUGAAUGUUAGAGGGGAUAGGUACGUUACCAAUUUAUUUGAAAGAAGGGUAAAAAAUUUGGUAGGUAAUAAGUUGUACAAACAAACAAGUCUAGGAAGUGAAUUUGUUGAUAAUGAGGACAAUGGUGACAUUACAAAUGAUGAUAAUAAUAAUAAUGAUAAUAAUAAUAAUGAUGAUGAUAAUAAUAAUAAUAAUAAUGAUAAUAUAAAGGAGAAUCAUAAUAAUAUACAUAAUAAUGAUAGUAAUAAUCCCGAUUGUACACAUGAUGAUCAUUUAAGUCCUCUUCAAUUAUGGGGAAUUGAAAAUAACCAUUUUGAUUUGGACACGAUCGAAAAUAACAUGGUGGAUGUUAAUAAUAUAAAAAAUAUGCUAAAUAAGUAUAAUAACAUUAGUUGUGGAUUUAAUGAAAAUAUCGAAUUUUUUUCUUAUUUAUUCUCUAUACCUAAUAUGAGAAAUAAAGAAAUAAAAGUAAAAAUAGCUGAAUUAUUAUUUGAAAAAUAUAAAGUACCCGCUAUUUAUUUUAAUCCCAAAGCUAUAUUAAGUGGUUUUUCUUAUAAUAAAAAUGUUUGCUCAGUUGUUGAUGUUGGAUCUUGUUAUACAGAUUUUUCAUUAUGUAAUGACGGUACCAUCGAUAAUAAAAAUUAUAAAAUUUAUAAUAUUGGAGGAAAUACUAUAGAUUAUUUUUUAGAAGAAUUAUUAGGAAAAUAUAAUACACAAUAUUGUUCUCCAUAUUAUGAACAUUAUAAAAAUUAUAACAAAGAAAAUAUUCAUUCAGAUUAUCAUAAUAUAGCAAAAUAUCUGCCAUUAAAAGAUUUAAAAAUUUAUUUAUGUGAAGUAGCAGAUAACGAAAAAAAAAUUUAUGAUGCAAAAAAUAUGAAUUUUAAUGAAAAUAUAGAUAUUUAUAUUUUGCCUGAUGGACAAAAUAUUAAUAUUACUAAAUUUAAUAAUAUAGCUCCUGAAAUAUUUUUCACACCAUCCUUGUUACAAAAUUCAAAUAAAUUAAAUCAUCAUUUAAAUAAUUUAUUUACAAAAGAAGACAAUUUUCAAGGAACACCACAAACCUUGUUUCAUUUAUUAAAAAAUUUAAAUUCAAUAAAAUAUAGAGAUAGCUUAAUAAACAAUGUUAUUAUAACUGGAUCAUCGACUUUAUUAAAUAACUUUAAUCAACGAUUUGAAAAAGAAUUUAAUGAAAUUAAUAUAAAUCAAAAUAAUACUAACCUUCCAAAUGUUCAUAUUUUAAAUUCGGGAAAAUCUGAUAAACAAUAUUCUUCUUGGAAAGGUGGAAGUAUUCUUGCUUCUUUCAAAAAUUUUAAUUCUUUUUUUGUAACUCGCAAGGAAUAUCAGGAGUAUGGUUUUGAAAUUAUUAAUAGAAAGUGUUGA